AUGUUUUGCUCACAUGGAAUCCACACUAUACUACUUUCAUGUAUAUUAUUACUAAUUUUCACUGAGCAAUUCAGAAUAAAUACUAACAAUCAAAAUUGCAAACCCAAAUAUGACAAGGAAUUUAGAUGUCGCGUUAUAAAUUACAAAUUCAAUACUGAACCAAUUACACUAGAUGGACACUAUGAUGAUGACGCCAGGAAGUGGUCCAAGAUUCUUCCAGGGGAGAUUCUUCUGGGUGAUUUGGGGUGUGAUAUCGAUGGAAAUUUCUUUGUAAAAAUGCAUAUUGCUGGCCACUCAAUUAAGGUGGCAAUCCCCGCUCAUACAAACUCAAAAGAGUUCAGCGAGUACGACCCUCUGCAGAAUCUACCCUGCGCUAAUAGCAUUGAUGAUAAUGCUAGGGAUGAAGAUGAGGUGUCACUCUGCUUGGAUAGGUCUAAAGAUCCAGAUCAAAUCACUAAAUCUAUACUACUUAGCUGUAAAAAUAUGGUACUAAGGAAACCUGAAACAAAGAUGUCGUAUGAAAAGUUCGAUUGGGAAGGCAUCACUUUUAACCCACCCCGUAGCCCACAUUAUAUUCACCCAAAAAAAUUACAGAACAAGCAAAUUGAGGUACUAAUCACCGACACAAACCCUGAAAAUGAUAUCAUCAGGGGCGAAUUAUUCACGCAUGAUACUGUAGAACAGAAGAGACGCGAAUAUUUGACCGUUUACCACAUGUUGCACACAUUAUCAGCCACCAAGCAACAUUAUCACUUAAAUUGUAUUGUUGAAUCUGUGGUUGGUAAUGUGAUUAAGUUGAAUGUCUUGAAUGGUUUGUGUGGUUAUGCCUUGAAAAUUGGAAUGCUAAAGAAUGUUCAACCUGGACAGGCACUGGAUUUGGUGGCAGUGGGAUGCGAUCCGCUUUUGGAACGUAUUUUUCUGACUGCAGAUGAUGGUGAAGUCAGCUUUAACUACGAGCCAUUGGCUAAAGAUAUUGAGAAUGAAGUUGUUGAACAGUUACUUUGCAUGAAUCAGUGGUUCAGGGCAGAGAUUAUGAAGUUCAGUGAAAACGGCCUGGUGGUUAGAAUUUGUGGUAUUAGUAAUCCAGUUUUGGCAUUUGUACCUACAAAUCACCUUCCAUAUUGCGGAUCCAGCGGUGUUAUCGAUAACAUGUAUAUGCGCAACUUUUGCCAGGAUCCUCGAUUUGCUUCCAGGUACAUUGCUAGCAAAUUGGGUAAAUUAUGCCACAUAAGUCACUAUGAUAAUACUUUGUAUGUGAGAUUCCACAAAUUAAAAUUUCCCAUGGAUGAAUGCUCGACCAAUAAAUUAGAAAUCAAAAAUUUCGAUAUAGGGAAAUUGCACUUGACAACUAGACCCAAGGUCAAAUGGUCCACCAAAAUGCUCAAAAUUGCACAAAAAAUCAGCACUCAAAGUCUGGAGGAUUUGAAGUCUAUCGAUAUUGACCAUUUUUAUCCAGCCAAGAUACUGUUUCAGGCCAAUGGCCAUGUAUACAUUGCAGUGAAUGUGAAUAUGAGAAAGAAUUUCGACUUUGAAAACGAUGGAAUUAUAGGCAUAGUUCCUAUUGACGAGUAUUUUGCCAUUGCCAAGCCUGGGGCCCUCAUUCAUGCACGGGUCAACAGGGUUGAAACAGUACAAAGGAAGGACCAGGUUCUAAAACAUGCAAAAUUUGUGGAUAAAGAAAUUUCUUUUACCGCUGCUGAGAAAGUUGGCCCUUUGGGAGAGUAUGACAAGGUGCAUAUUUUGUGGAUGUCAUUCCAAACUCCGGAAUACUUCAAUAGUUUGUAUACCCAUGAAGAAGAACCCGGCAACUUUACCUACUUGCCAUACUACUCUGAUAGUCACCCCGAAGUUUAUACAGAGAGUAUGGACAAGGGCCGGGUGAGUAACUUGGUGAAGGAGGAAUACGAGGAUGAGCUCUUCUGGGUCAACCGAGAUGAGGCAAUCCGCAAGGCCUUCACCAAGCACUGGUUCAAGAUGUAUGAGAGGGAAGUUGAGUUGGUGAAUACGGAUCCAGUAGCCAAAAUUUUUGAGGCACUAAAAAACAAAUCAGGUUCACUGGCACAGGUUAUCGAUUCUAUGAGCGAUUUUCACAAGUUUAGACAGUUGCCGCUUAAGCAGUUGCUGCGCCAUUUCGAGCAACUGUUAGUGAUAUUGAACACUUUCAAGCAGCUUCCAUUGGAAAAGAUAUUUUACCAUGCUGUAGAUACGGAUAGUUUUUAUAAAAUAAUGUCUGCGACAAUAGUACCUAGGAACCCAUCAGGGAAUGACUUCUUAUCAGUGUCUGAGGUUGAAGCUGUGUUAUCUAAAUUUUUGCCAGAGGAUUCACAAUCACAGCACAAUUUUAUCACAACUGCUAUUAGAGAAUCUGUAAAUGCAAUAAAUAUCACUAGAUCUGACGGAUAUACUAUUCUAACAGAUGAAUUAGUAACUCCAGCGAAUAUUGCCAUAUCAAUACUUGUAACGUUAUUGAAUCCUAAAUAUGGGUUAAUGGCGUUAGUGAGGCAUAGACAUCGUACAAUGCCAAAUGAAGUUUUUUCAACAUCUCGUCAGAAAAUCCACUAUAACUCCAGCACAACAUUUGAUCAUCUGCAUGACAGAUUAUCACGGGCUGUUAAGGUUCUGGGUGAGAAUAAACUGUUAAACAUUAAAAGCAUGCCCCCUUGGCCAUACCUGGUAAAAUCCACCCAAAGAUUCUAUGCACACUUGACUGAUAUGGGAUUUUUUGAAUUGGCUCGAUCGUACAACAAAUUGUUGUCCAUGUUGCGUUCUGAUCAGGACUUGGAAAAUAUCCCUGACGACUUACCUGAAGACUAUGAGAAUCUCUCGUACAAAAAACCUUCCUAUGACUUGAAGCAUAUGGACCAAUUUAUUUCCAGUGAUCACAGUAAUAUGGGUAAAAAAGGGAGUGCAAAGAGGAAGGAAAAUAGCAUGAUUAUGAGUGGCGGGGAUAAAUUGGGAAAGGACUUUAAAAAGAUCCACAGCAAGGAAGAAAUUGACAGAUUCUUCGAGCAGAUAGAUGAAAUGAAUUUGGUAUAUGGGCUUAGGAUCCCUUUAUUUUAA